AUGAGCUCCUCAAUUAUGAAAACUCUCCAGAUUCGUAAACCCACUUCUCUCCCCGUCUCUUCCACCGCUGCCAACGCUGGUGAACCAGGUCUUCUCCGUCGUCGUCUCUCUUCCCUUUCCCUGAAUCUCUCCCGUAACCAGCCUUCCACCGAUGAUUUCCACAGCUCCAAAUCUGUCUCUUCCAUGGGAGAGCAAGGAGGUAGCUCUAUGAAAGAAUGGUGGGAGUGGAGUUGGUCAUUGAUGAUUCUCUUGAAGAAACUACCAAUCUUUUUCACUGCAGAUCUUGAGUUUAACAAGGACGGAACCAAAUCCUUUUUUGGGAAUCAAGAAAGAGGCAGUUUAGCUCAAGUCUUCUUCAGGCUCCGAUCUGAGAUCCGACGUCUCCUCCGUACUUCCUCCUCUGACUCUCUCCCUCUCUCCUGCAAUCGAUGA